AUGGGAAAGAGGUCAAGAAGUGACGGUGGAGGUGCCCAUAAAAAGUUCAAAUCGAGUGGGUUCAUAGACCCGGGUACCAAAGGUAUAUAUGCCACUUGUAUGAAGGGAAAGGAACUGCAAUGCAAAAAGGAACUCUUGAAUCUUUUCUCUCAGAAAUUAGAAGAGUACUACGAUCUCGAAGCCUUUAAAGACGAGGCAGAAGAAGCAGACGCAGAAGGAGACGCAGAGGCACCGGCAGAAGUUGACAUUGAAGAUGAGAUCAAAAAGGAAUUGGCAGAAUUUAAAGAUAAUUCUAAUUCCAAGAAGGUGUUUCUUAAACCCGUUGAUUUGGGUUGUGGAAGUUUGGUGUUUGUGAAAACAAAACGUCCAAUUGAACCAGAUGUAUUUGUAGAGAAAAUAUGUCAGGAAUGCCUUGAUUCUAAACAAAAGUCUACUCGAUACACUCAAAAACUUACACCUAUAGUUGAUUCGGUUAGUGCCUCAAUUGAUGAGCUAAAGAAGUUGGCCAAACAAGUAUUGGCACCUCAUUUCCACAAAGAAAAGGAUCAACAACCUUUGAAGUUUGCUAUCCAAGUAACCAAACGGAAUUUCAAUGUUAUCCCCAGAGAUGAGAUCAUCAAAAACAUUGCGGAGUGUGUGGGCAGAGAUCAUGGACAUAAAGUUGAUUUGAAAAACUAUGAUAAAUUGAUUUUGGUGGAAUGUUUCAAGAGUAACAUUGGUAUGAGUGUUGUGAGUAACUAUGAAAGAUUAGAAAGAUAUAACUUACAGCAAAUUUAUGAGAAGAACUCAGAAGAUGAUAAUAGUUUGUCAAGAGUUAAUCCGAAGGAAGAAGCAUAA